CGUCACAACAACAGAAAGUGCUUGAUAAUAUAACCAUAAGAGGAAAGUUUCUAUAGUGAGUAAAGAAAAACAAGUCAAUUUUCAGAAGAAAAAAAUGGCAUCACACGACCAGAGCUACAAAGCUGGUGAGACCAUGGGACGAACUGAGGAAAAGACGAACCAGAUGAUGGGCAACAUUGGAGACAAAGCCCAAACUGCAAAGGAAAAAGCCCAGCAGACAGCCCAAGCUGCAAAGGAGAAAACCCAGCAGACAGCCCAAGCAGCUAAAGACAAGACCCAUCAGACAGCCCAAGCAACAAAGGAAAAAGCCCAAGACACAUCUUGUCAAGCUAGAGAGAAAGGGUCAGAGAUGGGGCAGGCCACCAAAGAAAAAGCCCAAUCAGGAAAAGACAACUCACCUGGGCUUCUACAGACGACAGGAGAGAAGGUGAAGGGUGUGGCCCAAGGUGCUACUGAGGCAGUUAAGAAUACUCUUGGGAUGGGAAAUGAUGAACAAAACAACGACAAUUUCCCAACAAACCGUCGUUGAGAUUAUUACUAGCUUUUAAUAAUGCUAUCAUUUCGAUUAAAUAAUGUUGUAAUUUGCUUGUUUUGAAUUUGGAUUUACCAAACGCGCUUUUUUUUUUUAAGAAUAAGUUACGCUUCCCUCGUACUAUCUAGACUAGAAGUGAGUGGGAAUGGUAUAUGUACUUUGUGAUUUUUAGUUUGAGCCUUGUUGUUGUAAUAAUAAUACUAUACUAUUAUAACUGUUUUAGUUAUAGCA